AUGUCAAAAGCAUACCCCGUCAAUCCAUCAACCUACCGAGCUCCUGUCAUCGGUGUCCGCACCUUACCCAUUCAUGAGUGGGUAGAAGCAGUGGCCUUUGCGAAAGUAACGAGUGAAGAAGUGGAGCAGUUCGUGCUUAAAAGCAUAAUCUAUCGCUACGGUGUCCCUCAUGAAAUAAUCACCGACAAUGGUCCACAGUUCAUCUCUUCGCAGUUCGAAGGAUUUUGCGCGAAAUGGAAGAUUCGACUCAAUAAGUCAACUCCCUGUUACUCGCAAGGUAACGGACAAGCCAAGGCAAUGAAUAAGGUCAUACUGGCCAACUUGAAGAAACGGCUCGAUUCUCGCAAAGGGCGCUGGCCGGUUGAACUGCAGGGCGUUCUUUGGGCUAUCCGAACAACACCUCGUCGGACCACUAAUGAAACACCUUUUUCCCUGGUUUACGGAGUUGAUGCCGUAGUCCCAGCUGACAUAGAGGUUCCUGGAGUCCGUACUUCGCUAAAUCCACUCCGAGCUGAGGAGAAUGAGGAAUUUCUACAUGAUACCCUCGAUACAAUCAAUGAGCGUCGGGACUAG